AUGUCUAUGAAACUGACGAGUCAGCAGCGUGGGUCCCCGGCGUGGCACACUGUGAGUACACGCAUUGGCCGAGUGCCACUACCCCACCAUCCAGCACCACUUAAAACAACCAUCACUAAUGCCUGUGGCUCAUCCGCAUUCAGGUUUCAUAAAAAUGUUUUUCAGCCUGACAACCCAGCAUUUGAUCGUGACUUCCUCCUGGCCCUGGGCGCCUUGCACAAAAAAAAUGAAAUAAAUUUGGGAGAAGAAAAGUUCUUCACUGGUAACUACAGGAUUAAGAAGGAUAAAGAAGAGAAAGAUAAAGAAGAGAAGGCUAUGACAAUUCAAGACUAUCAGCGUCACAUCAUCGUUGAUCGUUGUGGAGAGCUAGACGAUGAAACUGAUGCAACAGCUGUAAGAAAGUCCGAUUACAACCCAUUACAGGGUACAAAAAUCACUGGCUUUGAUGAUGAUGAUGAUGAUGAUGAUGCAAGUGAUGAUGGUAAUGGGCUGUUGACUUCAGGUUUGUUCAAGGUCAAAGAAUGUCCACCAAAGAAAACGGAAGAGCCCUUAGAGGCUGUUGAUGAUGCUGUUGCUUUUGUUAAGGGAGAAAGUUCUAAAAUAAGCAGUGAUAGGGAUAAGGACUUACUUGAAGGUGUAAGAAAUGCAUGGAAUAAUCCCAAUUUGUCAAAGGAUGAUAAGUGGCUUGCUGAUUUUUUUGUCAAUAAAAGAUACCUUGAUGAUGAUGAUGAGACCAUUGAACGUGCAUAUAAUGAAGUUAUCAUUGAUGAAGAACCAUUAUCAGACGAUGAAAAGACACUGGAAAAGAUGGAAAGUUUUGAAUCAUUGUAUCGAUUCAGGUACGAAGAACCAGAUCAAGAAUUUACGAAGCGCUAUCCUCGAGUAAUUCCCAAAUCUUUGCGCGCAAAAGAUGAGAGAAGAAAACGCAUGCAUAAAGCUGUCAAACAGCGUAAAAAAGAGGAAAAGGAAAUGAGGCGAAUAGCGAUUGAAAAGUUGAAGGCUUUGAAAUAUAAAGAAAUUGAAGCUAAGAUAGAAAAAAUUAAAGAAGUAUCAGGAAACAUGGAUAUUGAUCUUGGGGAAAAGGAACUAGAGGACGACUUUGACCCUAACGCCCAUGAUGUUGCAAUGUCACAUAUGUUUGGUGAUGAUUACUAUGAAGCUGAUGAGGGCAACACUGCUAAGCCAGUAUUUAGUGAUGAUGAAGAUAUUAUAAAGAACUACGAUGACUGGAUGGUGAAGCAAGGUGCUGCUGAUGUUGCUGGUGAUGUUGACGAUGGAGAGGAAGGUGACAAUGAGAAUGCUGAGUACUAUGGAGAGAAUUUCAAUAUGGAUGCUGAUUAUGACCCCAGUAAAGCUAAAAAGGAACUGCAGAAGGAAAUGAUUGUAGCUAGUGGUAAAAAAUGCAGAAGGAAAUCUAAAUUUGCCAAGGCUUUAGCUAAAAAGAAGCCUGUUUUUAAUCCUCUAGAGAAAAAAUUUGAUGCUUAUUUUGAGGAAUAUUAUCAGUUAGAUUUUGAAGAUAUUGUUGGAGAUAUACCAUGCAGAUUUAAGUACAGAAAAGUAGAAAGUAAUGACUUUGGACUUUCAACUGAAGAGAUCCUGGCUGCUCAAGACAGAGAACUCAAUAGGUGGUAUUCACUGAAGAAACUUUUGAAACAUAACCGAACAUUUAAAGAAGAGCAUCUUGACCGCUGUAGAUACAAGAAUCGCUCCUCACUACCCCAUGUAAAGCAGAAGAUUCUUCCAAGUUUGUUUGUUGAAGAUCCAGAUGAGCUUCAGAUAAAUGAGCAAGAGAAAAAGAAGUUGAAAAAUCAAGAAAAAAAAUUGAGAAAACGACAGCGACUGCAAGAAAAUCAAGAAAAUAUAGUUGAGGGCAACAACAAUGAUCAUCUUUCAAUCUCUAAUGAAGCUGCUUCUGGGAAAUUGCUUAAGAUAAAGACAGACUCAGGACAAGAUGAAAUGAACGUUGCAGUGAGUCCACAAUCUAAAAGCAUAAAGGCUAAAAAUAAAAAACAGUCCCCAAAAGGUGGAGAUAGGCAGUCAUGUAAGAAAAAGAGGAAAAAUCCCAAAGCAGAUGAACCUGACACUGUUGAAAAUUUACAGAAAGCAGAUAGUCCUUCUUUUAACUCCAACAAAAUUAAAGAGGAAAAUACUGCUAAAGAAGGCAGUUUAAAACUGCCGAAGAUGAUAAAGGAAGAUGGUGUUAUAGGUAACUCAGAGAGCACAUAUAACUCUUCCAUGCCUGAAAAGAGCAGUAUAAUUAUCAGCACUAAGAAAUUAAAAGGUAAUUCUGAAGUUAAUGAGUGUACUCUUUUAGAAGGGACAAAGAUGAAAAAUGUCAUAGAUGGAGUUUAUAAUUUACUGAAGGUUGAGAACACAGAUGAUCAACCAAAUUUGUGUGGAUCCACAGCAAUAAAUAAGAAGAAAAGGAAAACAAAAGGGAGUUCUCUCUAUCUUGGAAGAAAAGAGUGCCCAGCAGCAGUGCAUGCCAGGCCUCAGCAUAAUUACUCGAACACAGGCUGUUAA